AUGACAGACCAGGCCAUAUACAAAGUGUUGGGCAAAGAGUACACCGAACUUGUGUUCUUGCCCGACGACUACCUGCCGUUCCAUCCAAAUGGAAUGAAGUUCUUCGCACUAGACGACAACAACGAGGUAACUGAUACAUACGAGGUCUACUCAGUGGGAGGGGGCGCGUUAGUAGACGAGGACGGUGAUAUCGAUGCUGUGCCUGGGUCGGCGGCAGCCAGCGAGUGGAAUAUGUACCAGCUGCACACAAUGAAUCAGAUGCUGGAGUGGACGAGCAAAACAGGAAAAUCUUUACACCAAUCAACUACAGUAUACUUGCAGUUGCUUGUCACCAGUGGCCUAUCCGCUUACCCACACGCUUUCACUCCCACCCACGGGUAUGUCUAUGAGUGCGAGGGCGAAGGAAUCAAAGACUACCUGAAAAUGGUGUGGAAGACAAUGUCCGAAACAAUAGGGCGUGGGAUCAAGACGACUGGUGUACUUCCUGGGGGUCUGGGCGUGCCUAGGAAAGCUCCCAUGGUCAAUCGCAAAGCCCAGAUGAAAGGCAAGCACAUGCAACGGAAUGCGUUGACAUUUUCAUAUGCGCUGGCGGCGAUGGAAGAGAAUGCAAGCGGUGGUGUCGUUGUCACAGCCCCCACCUGUGGAGCGUCUGGUGUAGUACCUGCCACGCUCAAAUACCUAGAGGGAGCUUUAGAUCUAAACGAGGAUGAGAUGGUAGAUGCGCUUGCUACUGCUGGGCUGUUGGGGAACAUAAUCAAGACGAAUGCGUCUAUCUCGGGCGCCGAGGUUGGGUGUCAGGGAGAGGUAGGUAGCGCGACUGCGAUGGCUGCAGGCGCCGCAGCAUUCCUGAUGGGUGGCAGCCCCCAUCAGAUUGAAACAGCAGCGGAGAUGGGUAUGGAGCACUUCCUGGGCCUGACAUGCGAUCCGGUCGAGGGUCUGGUGCAAAUCCCAUGCAUCGAACGGAAUGCAUUUGGUGCGACACGAGCUUUGGAUGCAGCAGAAUAUGCGCUCAUGCUUGACGGUAGACAUAGGAUCUCGUUCGAUGAAGUAAGAAACUUGCCUGUAUUCAAAUUGGACAUGGUUGUUCUGACUAUGAAGCUGACCGGACUAGAUAUCGAAGAAUGUUACCGCGAAACUGCGAAAGGGGGAUUAUCGCGCACGUGGAAUUUAGACGAAACACUCGCUGAAGGAGGUGCAGACAUGGAUGAUCUUCUGGCUGACUUGGUUGAGCAGAAACGGCUGGCAAAUGCCUUCCGCAGAAUGUCAACCGUCUCUCGUCAGAGUGAAGGCCCGGGAACACGAACGCAGCGAGAUUCCGUGUCUUCUACUGGAUCCCAACUCUCGAGAACGUAUUCGGAGAUCCAGGAGAAGUGCAAACAGCCGAGAAUACCGGUGUACUGUUGA